GUUCCAAAACGCACGCAGCGUGACUCACGGCCUGGUGAGCGUGACGUCAUCGGGCCCUGGACAACAAGUGAGGAAGGAGGAAUAACAACAAGAAGGCGAGCCGACGGUGGCUUUUCGCUGAAACAGAAGACAGAACAUCGUACACGAUUGAAAUUGUAUUAAUUUUUUUUAUUUUAUUUAGUGCGUAGUUGUUUAACCGGGAUGUCUUUGUUCGGAAAGCUGUUCGGGACCGGGGGGAAAACCGGCAAAUCCCCGACUCCUCAGGAGGCGAUCCAGCGGCUGAGAGACACCGAAGAGAUGCUGACGAAGAAACAGGACUUCUUGGAAAAAAAGAUUGAUCAGGAGUUGCUGACUGCAAAGAAACACGGCACGAAAAACAAGCGAGCUGCUCUUCAGGCCUUGAAACGCAAGAAGAGAUACGAGAAGCAGCUGGCGCAGAUCGACGGCACGCUGUCCACCAUUGAGUUCCAGAGGGAGGCGCUGGAGAAUGCCAACACAAACACAGAGGUGCUCAAGAACAUGGGCUUUGCUGCUAAAGCCAUGAAAGCUGCUCACGAGAACAUGGAUAUUGAUAAAGUAGAUGACUUAAUGCAGGACAUCACAGAACAGCAGGAGCUUGCACAGGAGAUCUCCGAUGCUAUUUCCAAACCCGUAGGAUUUGGAGAAGAUUUCGAUGAGGAUGAACUGCUGGCAGAAUUGGACGAGUUAGAACAGGAGGAAUUAGACAAAAACCUGCUGGAGAUCGGAGGCAGUGAAACUGUAGCGCUACCCAGCGUGCCCUCCGCGCCCCUGCCAGCGAGGCCAGCAAAGAAAGAGGAAGACGAGGACGACAUGAAAGACCUGGAGGCCUGGGCUGAAACCAUGUAACUGCAGCACAGCCAGCACCCGCCACUCUGUUUCAGGAAAGAGGAAAGACUGCCAGCUCUCACAGUGGGCUGUGUGUAACAUUGAAAAGAAAUGUGCUCCACAUACCCGUAGCUCUUAAUCUCCUCCCACAGCAGUAAGGGGUGCAAUGGGCUUUCCCCUUCGUGAAAGGAAAGACAUCUUCUGAGAGCCUUGGCCCAUCCACUUCAUCCAGCAUACUGCUAUCAAGACCCCUCUGCUUUUUAACAGGAGCCAUUGGCACCACAACACACACCAUUCAUAUCCCUGGAAACAAUCGAAUCAAAUGCUCAGCACAAUAUCCCUUACAGACUCUUUCAAUUUGGAUGUCAGUUUUAAAAUAUCUCCAGUGAUAACAUAAGGCAGCACGCGCUCCAAUCCCGAGGAAGCAGGCUGCGUUUAUGUCACAGUCCUUGCUGGCUAAACUUUCUUUGUUACUAAAGUGCUUCUUGGUGGUUUGGGUGUUUUUUUGCAGAAGUUGCUGGAUCCUUGAAUUUGGGAUUGACUUCUCUGUAUAUAUGGAAGCUAGAGAAAGUGCAGCUCAGGGUCUGAUGGUCUAGUGUUAACUGUAGCGUGUGGGCUUGAAGACUGAUGGCCACGCUGGUUUUGUGCUAAUUUAAGAUUUGCGUCAGGCUGUCACUAAAUUAUUUAAAUAUCAUAACAUUAGCUGAAUUAACUGAUGGUUAGGUUUUUAUUUUCAAAGCAAAUGAAAUGUGUUUCUAUUGUAAUCGUCAGAUGAGUUAGAUAAGCUGGCAUACAGUGUGUGCUGGUUAUUCGUCUGAGCAGUGACUCUGCUUUACACAUGCACACAUGCUACACGGUCGCUGCUGUCUUCUUUGGUUGGUUCCAUAAUGUUUAUAAAAUCUAAAAUCUUCUCCUGUAUAGAAGAUUGUUUCUGUGCUUGAGAGAAGAAUCCAGUGCAAACCCAAACUAAACCCUCUACAAACCUGGUGUGGAAAGAUGUGCAGCACGACAUUGUUUCAGCUGGGAUACCGGGACAGAUAGGAGAUGUGUGAUUUUUGUUAACCAAAGAAAGGUUAUACUACCACAUUGCAAACUGGCAUGGAAUUGACAAGUGUCUUGAUGUUAAACUAAGGGAUGUUGUUCAGUUAAACAUGCUGUACAUUUUCUACAUUAAACUGCGCUGUGUAUGGAUAUAUUUGGAAGUGGUAACACAAGCAUUAGCAUGUAUACAUGUAUAUGUUUUAAUGAGCCGGACUAUUAUUUGAAUGUUCAUUAAACUUGUUGAUUAUU